UACGGUGCAGAAAUCAUCAACCUUGUGACAUAAGACAUGGGUAAUGCCACAAAAUAAAACAUAUUGAGAUCUUAGCCAUUUUGCCUCAUAAUUUGUCGAGGUAAAGCUAAGAAAUUUUGGUUCUUUGAUUUUAGAUUUGUUGGGAAAAUUUGUCAAUUGCAGUCAUUUAAAGUUUGUAUUUAGUAAAUUGCAGCUAUUUUAAAAAAAAAAAAUUGCAAAUCGCUGCUCAAAAGUUCUUGUAAAUUAUAAAUUGCAACCCAAUUUAACUUUUUCAUCGAUUGUGUUUAAAAUUCAGAGUUUAAUUUUUUCCUUUUGUUACAUAAAAUUCUUGUUACUUUUUUUAAAUCAUUUGAUGAAUAAUGCUCACAUGUACCAACUUACAUUACUUUGUUUAUUGUAUUUUUCAUAAUACGGAGUAUUUUUUUUUUUUGGGUGUUUAGACAGGGCGGGGUGAGAAUUGAUUACAAUAUCUACUGAAAGCGGGAGAAAAUCUCUACCCACUUGAGCUAUCCCUAACAGUCACCCUCGAUUUUUCCUUAAUACUCCGUAUGAGUAUUUACAUUACGAAAAAGAAUUUUGUAGUCGUAGAACAUAAGGAGUACUCUCCCCUAAAUUAAGAUGAAACUUUAUUUCACAACAUACAUGCAUUAAAUAGCUUCAAAAAGAAACUAAUUCAAUUUGAGCCUUCCAAUAAUACCCUCACAAAUUCAAAUCACAAUCCACAGGCUCUUUCCCUCCUUUCUUCCCCUUUCUCCAGUUUCUCACUGCUCCUUCAAUCUCUCUCCUCACUCAACCAUCAUCAAUGGCGCCCAAAAUCCCUAAACCUCCUCAAAAACCCAUUCAACGCCCCAAUAAACCUCAACCAAUUCAAAAUCCUACCAAGCAGCAGCAACCGCAAAACCCUAGCAUCAAGCGAAAUUGGUCAAUGGCUGAUUUCGAAAUCGGAAAACCCUUGGGAAAGGGCAAAUUCGGCAGAGUCUACCUUGCUCGCGAAGUCAAGAGUAAGUAUAUAGUGGCGUUGAAGGUGAUAUUUAAGGAGCAAAUUGAGAAGUAUAAACUACACCAUCAAUUGAGGAGAGAGAUGGAGAUUCAAAUGAGUUUACGCCACCCGAAUGUUCUGAGGCUUUUCGGGUGGUUUCAUGAUGAAGAGAGGAUUGUUUUGAUUCUUGAGUAUGCUUUGAUGGGUGAACUUUAUAAGGAACUCCAGAAAUCAGGUCAUCUUCCUGAGGAGCAAGCCGCCACGUACAUUGCAAGUCUAACGGAAGCAUUGGCGUAUUGUCAUGACAAGAAUGUCAUCCACAGGGACAUCAAACCAGAGAAUUUGUUACUUGAUCAUGAGGGUCGUCUGAAGAUUGCAGAUUUCGGUUGGUCUGUACAAUCAAGAAACAAGAGGCACACCAUGUGUGGAACUCUUGACUAUCUGGCACCAGAAAUGGUGGAAAACAAGGCCCAUGAUUAUGCAGUUGACAACUGGACACUGGGUGUCCUUUGUUAUGAAUUCUUGUAUGGGGUACCUCCAUUUGAGGCUGAGAGCCAACGCGAUACUUUCCGGAGGAUUAUGAAGAUUGAUUUGAAAUUUCCAGACACACCCCAAGUUUCGUCAGAAGCCAAGGAUCUUAUUACCCGACUUCUGGUAAAAGACACAUCAAAGAGGCUCUCUCUUCAGAAGAUAAUGGAGCACCCCUGGAUCCUAAAGAAUGCAGAUCCCACUGGCAUUUUCCGUAAAUAGUUCUUUCACCAAGCAAUCAAGUCAAUGGUUAUGUACACAGUGCUGUAUCAAGAUUCAAGAAUGUGUUAGUGUUCAGAGCCGUGUCAAAUGUGUAAUUGGGUAUGUACAUUUGACACUUCGUUUUGGACUAAAAGCUUUGAAAUUUUCAUGGAAUAUGUGUGUCUAACACUAGUUAUACCUGGCUUUCCAAUUCAUUCAUGUAAUCAAGACAGCAUAAGCUGUACAUAAUCAAUUAUCAGGAUUUGAUAAAUGCAAAAUGUCUAAAAAUGUUCUCACUUGGUAAAUAUAUUUGGCAUAGAGUUCUUUCUUACCUUUAUUUGGGACAGCCCAUUUGUUUAACUUGUA